CGCCUGCAAAGUGUUCCUUCCCCCUCACGAUGCUGGCGAUGAGGACAAGCUGGAAAUGCGAACCAAACGUGGACGGAACAAAACGCGAUAAUAAUCUGAUCUGUACGAGUACCACCAGUGGUACGCGGGCUCCCCCUAGUGCAGUCCAAAACUUCUUCAAACUGGUCGAAUGGCGACGCAAAUCGCCCGUGACGACGACGAAUGUCCUUUUUGCCAGAUCGCGAACAACCAAACCGACACCGAAAUCCUCACGCGUGACGGCGAGCUGCUGUGCUUCCGGGACGCCAAGCCGGGUGCCGGCCACCAUUACCUCGUCAUAACCACGACUCACAUCGGCGACUGUAAAGCUCUGCGUGCGCAUCACAUUCCCACCGUGGAGCGCAUGGCCGAGAUGGGAAGGGGCGCGUUGGAGAAAAAUAAAGUGCGAGACCUCACAGACAUCAGGCUGGGCUUCCACGUGCCUCCGUUCUCGUCCGUGCCUCACCUCCACCUGCACGCCCUGGCCCCCGCCAGCAAGAUGAACGAAAGCUCGCAGCGGCGAUACGGGCCGCGCUCGCACUGGUUCAUCACAGUCGAGGAAGCGCUGACUCAGCUGAGGACACGCGGCAGAAUCAAAUGAAAUGUUCUCACGUUUGCAUCAACGGCGUGAAAAUGUUCCUGUUGCGCUGAUUCCAGGGGAAAAGCUGCGUAAAAGGAAUUUCCAAGUUUCAAGAGAGUAACUUUUUUAAUGAUAUGAUUGUGACUUUUUAAGUUGUUUGAAUUGCAAUACUGUAUCUUAAAUGUGUGUGUGGGGGGGGGGGGGGGGUUAUGUUGUUUAUAUUUAUUGUAUAUUUGAGAUCUAAAGGACAAGUCAUUGUUGAAUUCAUCAUGUUGCACAUUUUGUUUUUUAUUUCUGAUUAUUUCAGGUGGUUUUGUGAAACUAAAAAAAUACAAUGUACAAAUUAA